UCGCAGACGGGCACUCACGUCUCAGGAGGACGGAGACGCGCGGCGGCGCCCGGCCCGGGCCCCGGAGGCCGCGGGGCUGAGGGAGGAGCGCGGGGCCGCGAUCCACGGGCCUCAGGUGCCGGGCCAGGGGGCGUUCCGGGAGGACGCGGGGCGGGGUGUCCGACACGUACACAAACACAAACACGCUCCCCGGCCCCGGGAGGGCGGACCACGCCACCUCACCGCUCCCGGCCCCGGGCCCCCCGCGGCCCACCUCGCACCCGGGGCCCGUGCCCGCAGGGAACCAGCCCGCCCAGGGGGACUGGAGCUGCCGCAGGCUCCGCUCGCUGUAACGGCCGCGGCGAAGCUACGAGCCGCCCGGGGAGCGGGAGGGAGAGGCGGUGGAGGCUGCGGGCGGAGGGAUGGCGGAGUGAAGCGCCUCUCCCAGCCGCUGUCCGACGCGCGGGAAGCGGCCAACCCACCCCCCAACCUCGUCCGGUCGGCUAUAGCCUCUCCCACCUUCCGCCGCCGCCGCCUAAGGGAAGCCGGAACGACGGGGGUCACGGUGGGGGUCAGAGGGUAAAGGUCUUGCUCCCAGCAGCCUCCGCGGUGGAUACGUCGCCAUCUUGGAUCCGCGGGACAAGAAAAUUCAUGCGUACUGUGAGGAAAGGACACGACUCUAUGGUGAGGACUGAUGGACAUACAUUAUCUGAGAAAAGAAACUACCAGGUGACAAACAGCAUGUUUGGUGCUUCAAGAAAGAAGUUUGUAGAGGGGGUCGACAGUGACUACCAUGAUGAAAAUAUGUACUACAGCCAGUCUUCUAUGUUUCCACAUCGGUCAGAAAAAGAUAUGCUGGCAUCACCAUCUACAUCAAGUCAGCUGUCUCAGUUUGGGGCAAGUUUAUACGGGCAACAAAGUGCACUAGGCCUUCCAAUGAGGGGGAUGAGCAACAAUACCCCUCAGUUAAAUCGCAGCUUAUCACAAGGCACUCAGUUACCGAGCCACGUCACGCCAACAACAGGGGUACCAACAAUGUCACUUCACACGCCUCCAUCUCCAAGCAGGGGUAUUUUGCCUAUGAAUCCUAGGAAUAUGAUGAACCACUCCCAGGUUGGUCAGGGCAUUGGAAUUCCUAGCAGGACAAAUAGCAUGAGCAGUUCAGGGUUAGGUAGCCCCAACAGAAGCUCGCCAAGCAUUAUAUGUAUGCCAAAGCAACAGCCUUCUCGACAGCCUUUUACUGUGAACAGUAUGUCUGGAUUUGGAAUGAACAGGAAUCAGGCAUUUGGAAUGAAUAACUCCUUAUCAAGUAACAUUUUUAAUGGAACAGAUGGAAGUGAAAAUGUGACAGGAUUGGACCUUUCAGAUUUUCCAGCAUUAGCAGACCGAAACAGAAGGGAAGGAAGUGGUAACCCAACUCCAUUAAUAAACCCUUUGGCUGGAAGAGCUCCUUAUGUUGGAAUGGUAACAAAACCAGCAAAUGAGCAAUCCCAGGACUUCUCAAUACACAAUGAAGACUUUCCAGCAUUACCUGGUUCCAGCUAUAAAGAUCCAACAUCAAGUAAUGAUGACAGUAAAUCUAAUUUGAAUACAUCUGGCAAGACAACUUCAAGUACAGAUGGACCCAAAUUCCCUGGAGAUAAAAGUUCAACAACACAAAAUAAUAACCAGCAGAAAAAAGGGAUCCAGGUGUUACCUGAUGGUCGGGUUACUAACAUUCCUCAAGGGAUGGUGACGGACCAGUUUGGAAUGAUUGGCCUGUUAACAUUCAUCAGGGCAGCAGAGACAGACCCGGGAAUGGUACAUCUUGCAUUAGGAAGUGACUUGACAACAUUAGGCCUCAAUCUGAACUCUCCUGAAAAUCUCUACCCCAAAUUUGCAUCACCCUGGGCAUCUUCACCUUGUCGACCUCAAGACAUAGACUUCCAUGUUCCAUCUGAGUACUUAACGAACAUUCACAUUAGGGAUAAGCUGGCCGCAAUAAAACUUGGCCGAUACGGAGAAGACCUUCUCUUCUAUCUCUAUUACAUGAAUGGAGGAGACGUAUUACAGCUUCUAGCUGCAGUAGAGCUUUUUAACCGUGAUUGGAGAUACCACAAAGAAGAACGAGUAUGGAUUACCAGGGCACCAGGCAUGGAGCCAACAAUGAAAACCAAUACAUAUGAGAGGGGAACAUAUUACUUCUUUGACUGUCUUAACUGGAGGAAAGUAGCUAAGGAGUUCCAUUUGGAAUAUGACAAAUUAGAAGAACGGCCUCACCUGCCAUCCACCUUCAACUACAACCCUGCUCAGCAAGCCUUCUAAAAAAAGACUUCCCUUUUCUUGGGGUAUGGCUGUCUCAGCACAAUACUCAACAUAACUGCAGAACUGAUGUGGCUCAGGCACCCUGGUUUUAAUUCCUUGAGGAUUUGGCAAUUGGCUUACGCAAAGGGUCACCAUUUGAGGUCCUGCCUUACUAAUUAUGUGCUGCCCAACAACUAAAUUUGUAAUUUGUUUUUUCUCUAGUUUGAGCAGGGUCUGAAUUUUUUCAUUUAUUUUCUUUUUUUUUUUUUUUGCCAGCAGACAGACUUGGGUCUAUAAAGACAAGCAAGUACACUGACAGAAGUUUACCGUUUAGUUUCUAAAAUGUAAAAAAGAAAACCCACAAAAGACUCAACAAAAUUAGACCACAAAAUUUGCAUUGUUCAUUGUAGCACUAUUGGUAAUAAAAUAACAAAUGUUUGUGCAUUUUUAUGUGAAGAUCCUUCUCGUAUUUCAUUUGGAAAGAUGAGCAAGGUCUGCUUCCUUCAUUUUACUUCCCCUUUUGUUUUUGAAAGGCAGUUUCGCCAAGCUUAACGCAAGAAUAUCUGACUGUUUAGAAGAAAGAGAUUGCCACAAUCUCUGGAUGGUUUCCAGGGUUGUGUUAUUACUGAGCUUCAUCUUUCCAGAAUGAGCAAAACACUGUCCAGUCUUUGUUACGAUUUUGUAAUAAAUGUGUACAUUUUUUUUAAAUUUUUGGACAUCACAUGAAUAAAGGUAUGUAUGUACGAAUGUGUAUAUAUUAUAUAUAUGACAUCUAUUUUGGAAAAUGUUUGCCCUGCUGUACCUCAUUUUUAGGAGGUGUGCAUGGAUGCAAUAUAUGAAAAUGGGACAUUCUGGAACUGCUGGUCAGGGGACUUUGUCGCCCUGUGCACUAAAGGGCCAGAUUUUCAGCAGCCAAGGACAUCCAUACCCAAGUGAAUGUGAUGGGACUUAAAGAAGUGAACUGAGACAAUUCACUCUGGCUGUUUGAACAGCAGCAUUUCAUAGGAAGAGAAAAAAAGAUCAAUCUUGUAUUUUCUGACCACAUAAAGGCUUCUUCUCUUUGUAAUAAAGUAGAAAAGCUCUCCUCA